ACCUUCAAAAUAAUGGAUGAUGACAACAACCGCUCCCUGGACCUGAAGGAGUUUCUGAAGGGUCUGAAUGACUACGGGAUCCUGAUUGAGAAACAAGAGGCCACGGCUCUCUUUCAGCACUUUGAUCGUGAUGGGAGUGGGACCAUCGACUUCGAUGAGUUCCUCAUCACUCUGAGGCCACAGAUGUCUAAGGCCCGGAAGGAGGUGGUCAUGCAGGCGUUUCGGAAGCUGGAUAAGACAGGUGAUGGAGUGAUCACCGUUGAAGACCUGAGGGGGGUUUAUAACCCCAAGUACCAUCCCAAGUAUCAGAACGGGGAAUGGACAGAGGAUCAAGUCUUCAGGAAAUUCUUGGACAGCUUUGAUUCUCCGUAUGACAAAGAUGGAAAGGUGACCAAAGAGGAGUUUGUCAACUAUUACUGUGGAGUCAGCGCCUCCAUUGACAGCGAUGUCUACUUUAUUCUUAUGAUGAAAAACGCCUGGAAGCUCUGAAUCUAAAUCAAAGGACACAAACUCCAAACUAUCAUUUCCUGUGCUGAAAAGACACCACAUAACAUUUCAACAAUCAGGAUGCAUUUAUAAUAAAUUACCAGCAUGUUGUGUGAAGUUGAUAAGAUCUAGCUCUUUGCUACCAGCUGUAAUUCAUUCUGUGCUUUUAUGAGUCAGAAAAUAAUUUCUCUAAAUGUAGUAAGUAUCACGUAGUUUAUAGACUGACUGUUAUCAUUUUUAAUUAAAAGUUGAAUAUUAUCUCAAUGUAAAUGUGUUGUAUUGUAGGGGAACACA